GCAACGAAGACGGCGAAGAAGACGGCGGAGACGCAGAUUCCCAACGAUCAGAUUCUUUGACAUUUCACGGCGGCUGAGAUUUCAGCUUCUCCGAUCCGGUCCCUCUGUUUGUGUAAAUUAUGGUGAUCGCGGCUGCUUCUUCUUUUUCCCUCGGAGCAUCUCAUUGUCAUCAAUCGUACGCGGAUGAGUUCUCUUCAUCCAUACCUUACAAAAGAAACGGCAACGCAAGAAAUCGUGUGUUUGAUGGAUGUGCCUCUGCUAAUCUCUCUGUUUUAAGCUCCAGAUGCAAGAUUCCUUUUUUCGGAUCAGCAUUUCAUGUUUCAUCCGGUGGACAUGACCUCGGCCUCACGAAAGUUUCGGUUGCUGCUGAUUAUUCGGAUUCGGUUCCUGAUUCAUCUUUCUAUGGAUAUCAUCCUCUAGAAGAUUUGAAGCCGUCCAAAAGAGUCCAAGAGACAAAACUCUCUGCUUCUGAAGUAGCAAGGACUACCGUCGAGGCGAACAGCAGUGCUGUGCUGGUGUUUCCUGGAGCUAUUCACUGUGAACCACACGAUCAUAAUUCAUGGUCCGAAUUUAAGUAUGUCAUUGAUGAUUAUGGAGAUAUCUUUUUCGAAAUUCCUGAUGAUGAGAACAUCUUAGAAGAUCCUGGAGCUAGUAACCCAGUGAAAGCCUUUUUUGGAAUGGAUGUCCCGCGAUACGAAAACACACGGCUCCAUGAGGAAUAUAACGUUUCAGACAUUGGUAAUCUUGACCAAAUUAUUUUUGAUGACCAUUAUUUCGAGAUUAUGGAUUCUGAAGCUAGAGAUAUUCCGAUAGAUUGGGGAAUGCCUGACACCUCCAACGGGGUUCAUCCUAUUUACUUUGCCAAACACCUGUCGAAGGCCAUCAGCAUGGACUAUGACAGGAAAAUGGACUAUCCAUCUAAUGGUGUAUCCAUACUCGGAUGCCUUAGGCCCGCUUUCCUUGACGAGGAAUCCUAUAUAAGAAGAUUAUUUCUCUCGGAAGAUAGAGAUGACUAUAGCUGGGAGGUUCAAGGUGAUGAUAAUCCAAACACUAGUUCCAGACAGGACGAGAACGAUAUGAGUUCAAGUCUAUAUAGACUAGAGAUUGUGGGAAUAGAGCUACUAUCCCUCUAUGGAGCAGAGUCUUCUAUAAGUUUGCAAGAUUUUCAAGAUGCCGAACCAGACAUUCUAGUGCACUCUAUGUCUGCAAUCAUAGAGCGCUUCAAUAACAGGGGGAUUAACUCGAGCCUUGCCCUUAAAGCUCUCUGCAAAAAGAAGGGUCUUCAUGCAGAGGAAGCUAACCUGAUCAGUGUUGAUAGUCUCGGUAUGGAUGUGAGAGUUUUCGCAGGUGCACAAGUCCAAACUCACCGGUUCCCUUUCAAAACCAGGGCUACAACAGAAAUGGCAGCAGAGAAGAAGAUCCACCAGCUACUGUUCCCUCGUUCACGCAGAAGGAAACUGAAGUCUCAUGACGAGAGUUUUAAUGAUGCAUAUCGUUAAAAAACUGGUUACUGAUCAAAAUCACGAAACCAAGAAACAAGUAAACAGAGAAGGAGCUGUUUAGCCACUGGAUCUGUCUGGUACUACACAACUUCUUUGCUCUGACGUAUGUGUACAUAACGAUGAGCUUUCAAGUCACCGUACUAGAGUUGUGGAGAUGAUGCAGCCUCUUACAUUGUAGUAGUAAGUAGAAUAAUCAAUAAAGUAAACCUAAGAAU